CCUGGCCAAUUUAAAGCUUGUGGAUAUUUCUUCCCCCUCGGGGAAAGCUUAUGUGAGGAUUUUCUUUUCUAACAGUUCAUUCCGUGAAACCAUUUUUUUUCCUUGUUUGCUGUUAGAAAAUGUUGGAGCUGAACAUAAGGCUUUCAUUGCAGAUUGCUAUCAAGGGAACUAAGAAAGGAUGUAGGCAUAUUGUUAAUGUCUCUCUUCAAGCUGUAUUUGAGAGAGCUGAACUGUGCGUGCCAGGUGAUCUGCAGGGGAGAAGAGCAUCAUUAUUAAAAGGCGUAGACGUUCCAUGCCAUUUGUGCUUCUGCGACCUGUAGUGCAGCUAACGGAGGCCAACAUUUUUAGUGCAUCCAUAGGAAGCGUCUCCACUACAGCCUUUCACCACACGAGAGACAGACUGAAGAUGUAGGCAGCUGACAAAUGUGAAAGCAAUGAAGAGGUGUUCUGAGGUUGACAGCACUUUUCAUAGUACACGCAUUUUCUGGGAAAGGCAUGAGAAGGGAGAUAAACAGGCCAUGAUUUUGGCAAGCUGAGAAGAAGCUGUAGCAGACCAAGAUGUUCCAAAAAGAAGAUUACAUCAAAAAGGUCCUCAGGCUCCAUCAACCACCGUCUGAUCAUAUUGCAACAAUGUAAGUGCUGCCAUGAGGAUCAGGACAUGUCCUGUCUGCUUCACAACUUGUCUUUUGUUCCUGCUGGAUAUACACCAGAGAGAGCUCCAUAUAGAGGCACAGCACACAUUUCAAGAGAGCUGACAAACCAGUCCCUGCACAUACAUGUAUCUGUGUAAGAGUACUCCAAGACCAGAGGCCUCUGUGGCACUGUAUGGAUAUAAGAACUGUUGCAUCUGUGGGGUUAGACUCUGCUUUUUUAAGAUAUGAUGCUCCGACGAGGAUUUAUUCUAUUUCUUCCCCGACUUGUAGGCCUGCUGGUGGUGGCCUGUUGCUCAGUGUCUAUUGUCUAUAUGUUGGCUUGCACACCCAAGGGUGACAACCAGCAGCUUGCCUUGCCCAGGGUGCACAGUCCGACUGUGAAGGAGGGAUAUGAAGCUGUUCUGCAAGAGCGAGAAGAGCAGCACCGCAAUUACAUCAUCAGCUUGAAGAAACAAAUUGCCCAGUUGAAGGCUGAGCUCCAGGGCAGGACCGAGCAGCUAAAGAACAUGCAGAACUGGUACCCAGACCCCUUGGACAUUCAGCUUGACCACAGUAAGCCAGAGAAGGCCCAGGCCAACCUGUUGGCUUUCCUCCGUUCCCAAGUAGACAAAGCAGAGGUGCACAGCGGUGUGAAGCUGUCCACAGAGUAUGCGGCAGUGCCCUUUGAGAGCUUCACCCUCCAGAAGGUGUACCAGCUGGAGACAGGGCUGACACGGCACCCGGAGGAGAAGCCCGUAAGGAAGGACAAGCGAGAUGAGUUGAUAGAGGUGAUUGAGUUAGCAGUGGGGAGCUUGAACAAGCCAGACGGGGUCAGCAAAGCAAAGCCCCGUGUAUACACAGCCUCCGACUUCGUUGAAGGGAUCUACCGUACAGAAAAAAAUAAAGGCACAUUGUAUGAGCUGACUUUCAAAGGAGAUGCAAAACAUCAGUUCAAGAAGAUUGUUUUAUUCCGGCCAUUUGGUCCUGUAAUGAAAGUGAAAAAUGAAAACCUCAAUAUGGCUGAUACACUUAUUAAUGUCAUUGUGCCGUUGGCCAAGAGAGCCAGCAAAUUUCGGCAAUUCAUGCAGAAUUUCAGGGAAAUGGGCAUUCAGCAGGAUGGAAGAAUUCAUCUCACUGUAGUUUACUUUGGAAAGGAACAAAUGAAUGAAGUAAAAUCAAUACUUGAAAAUACCUCUAAGUCAGCCAACUUCAAGAACUUUACCUUCAUCCAGUUGAAUGAAGAGUUUUCCAGGGGCAAAGGAUUAGAUGUUGGUGCUCGAUUUUGGAAAGGAAACAAUGUUGUUCUCUUUUUUUGCGACGUGGACAUAUACUUCACAGCCGAAUUCUUGAACUCCUGUAGAUUGAACACACAGCCAGGGAAGAAGGUAUUUUAUCCUGUUCUCUUCAGCCAGUAUAACCCCAGCAUAAUUUAUGGUCACCAUGAUUCCAUACCAUCUUUAGAACAGCAGCUGAUUAUUAAAAAAGAAACUGGAUUUUGGAGAGACUUUGGUUUUGGGAUGACUUGCCAGUACAGAUCUGAUUUUAUCAACAUAGGUGGUUUUGACCUGGACAUUAAAGGCUGGGGUGGUGAAGAUGUGCAUCUGUACCGCAAGUACCUUCACAGCAACCUCAUGGUGAUCCGAACGCCUGUCAGGGGUCUCUUCCAUCUGUGGCAUGAAAAGCAGUGUCUGGACGAGCUGACCCCCGAGCAGUACAAAAUGUGCAUGCAGUCCAAGGCCAUGAAUGAGGCUUCUCAUGGCCAGCUUGGGAUGCUUGUUUUCAAGCAAGAGAUUGAGACACACCUGCAUAGACAGAAAUUGAGCAGUAAGAAGACUGCUCAAUGAAUCCAGAAAGGGAGGUUGAAAGCCUCUGAACUGGACUUCAGGGUGUUUUGGAAAAGAGGUUUUAACCAGAAACGUCGGGAUGAGACUGAAAGAGGAUGGAGAUUCCAGCAGGAUGGCAGCAAAAGAAGAGGGAGAACGUCUGUCCUCCAUACUUUUGUUUUUAUUCUAAUGGGGUUUUUAAGUACUCCACUAUGUUGACUGUUCAACACUUGCUUCUGGGGAAGACUUGAACACUUGAUGAGACUCAAGGUCACAUCAGAGAGACAAUAAACAUUAUAUAUUAUUAUG